CUUUACAGAAUAUGCAUCGCAAUAUAGAAAAACGGGGUGAAGUUACUAAGGAACGAAUUAAAAAUGCUGCUACGAUCGGCCUCUAUAUAUUUGAACAUAACGAACUAUCGAACUCAUGUGAGCUUACAUUGAAAUAUGAUACGGCACAAAAUCAACAUAACGAUUCACCUCGUGUUGCAGCUACUUAUAAUAUAGCGGAAUUGCACGAUCUCUGCGGUCGUGCACUCUUGAUUGGAAAAUCUAGAGCCUCCACUGAUCAAUCAGUUGAUGAUGAUGGUAACGAAGAUAUCGGCGUGCUAAUGAAUCAAUUUGUUGUGCAAGUUGAUUUAGCACAACAAAUUACCACUGUGGCUUCAAGACUGAUUCAAUAUGGUCAUUUUCUUUAUCAAAAGAAGCGCAUGGAAGCUCAUGGAACCUUCGACCUGCAACAAUUGUUGGAUAAAUUAACUGUUGAUAUGGAAAGAUGGGAAACAGUAGUUGAUCAGGCGCAAAACGAACACUACUAUUUAACCUUCUUUUCUGCACGUCAUAUUCUGGCCUUUUAUGAUUAUUUUAGGAAAAUUGAUCAUACGUACGAUGAUGAAAACGAUAAUUUUCAUGCAUCGAAUCGAGAAAUUUGUCAAAAUCUCGUCCGGUUUGUUAAUAAUGAAGCUCAAUUACCUCAAUUACCCAAUUGGACUGGAGAGUGGCCCGUUGUUCAAAGCGAAGCAGAUUUUUUACCGACUCUUCGUAAAAUUGGUGCUGUACUUCAUGAUAUUUUCACUGACAUUCCACGACGUAUUCGACCCAUUCCUGAUUGUGUUGAACCGGUCAUUGCUGAUACGGUUUUUAAAGGAAAAAUAUUCGUCGCAGAUUGUCAUUCUCGUUCUUUAGUUCCAAAUGUUAUUUUAUCACUUUUUAUCAAUCAUCGAUCUUUUCCUGAACCAUGGCAAAUUCUAAUUUGUCGAAGCACGACUACUGCGGAGGAGAUUUCUCUAUUCAUAAAACGUUCGUUUAUUGCCGCAAAAAAAGGUUAUGAAAACUGUUUAUUUUGCAUUGCAAAUGUCGAAUUCUUAGAUUUUGAAUUGCAAUAUAAUCUUGUUAAAACAAUCCGUAUUUUCCAAGAGAAAGAAACAAAUUAUCUUCUAGCCUUGGUCUGUACUCGAGAAAAGGCUAUGAAUCAUCAUAUAUUAGAUCAAUUUGCUGAAAAUAUUUAUCCUACUAAUGGCCUUGACUCUGAGUCUAUGAAAAUUUUAUAUACUGAAAUUUGUGAUAAUGCUAUAUGCGUGACUUCAAAUAUGUCCGGGCAGGGCAAAACAGAAUGGAUUAAAGAAUCCAGUUUUAGACUAGGAAAAGCUCCACGUACUUUAUUAAUCAGUGAUAAUAUUAAUUUUGGGACAUUAGUUAGGCAAUUGGCUAAUUGUAAAUUGAGUACUUUUGAAAGUUUGCACCUUGAUAUUACUCUUGUAACUCAUCCUCAUGAAAUUAAUUUCUUUUUGUUUGAAUUAUUGACACUUGGCGUAGUUUCUAAUGAAUUGGAUAUAGUACAUUUGUCUCAAACUUCAGUAUUUAUUGAAAUCGCAUCAACAAUUGAACAGUAUUUAUUUGACUCACUUUCUUUAACCAAAUACAUCCGCAGACAACACAUUGAAUGGAGUUUGGAAAAUUUUAUAGUAUCUCGUCAUUUGAACAGUCCUAUUCAAAUUGUAUCAUAUUAUAUGGAUGUGCAUUCUCGUGGCGUUCUUGACGACACAAAUAUUCGCUUUAUAGGGAACGAGGCAGUCAAAGAACCGUUACCGGCCGAACGUUGUCGAGAAUUAUUGGAACAUUAUUUUUUCAGUGACCAAUUAGACAAUGUCUUUUCUUACCGAUUCUUGGAAAUUUUUGUUAAUGUAUUAGCAGAUCAAUUGGUUCGGCUAUCCGUUAGUUCCUUUUUUCAAGUUGAACAAUUACGUGUAAUGACUCGAGAAACAAACAUUCGUUCAUCACUUUUUGAAAGAUUGGUUUCUUGUUCUAAGGA